UACUGAAAUAGUAAAUAAGCAAUCAAUGUAACAAUUAAACAAGAUACAAUGUGUUAAGGUAGUAGUAAGGUUGUUUUUCUAGAUAAAUAAAGUAUCUUCGUAUAUAAAAACAAAUUGAAUAAGUAAAUUCAAAUCUAACGGGACAAACUGAAAUCAAUACACCGUUGAGAAGUAACUUUUACAACUUUUACUAUCAAUGUCCUUGGCGCACGGGAAACACGAUUUUUCAUUCAUAGAUUAUCUAAAGUAGGCGUGGCAAAAACUGAAGAUCUUUCGGCGUAACCAAGAAUCGAAGUACAAAUCAAAAGAGCUCGCGUUCUCGCCAGAGUGAAAAAUAACAAAUGGAUUUAUUGUUCAUUUUGAAAUAAGUGGAUGGGUUUGCAUCGCGACGAUUCAGGUAAUGGCAGCUUUAAAUAUGUCUAUAAAGCACACGUUUGAUGCGUUGGACAAUUGUGGAUAUUCACGACUGUCUGCCGACAAACGGAUACAAAUUAUGGAAAAUGGUGGCAAAAUGGCAAGUUUGUUCUACAGGGAGAAAGCAAAUGAAGAUAUUGAUUUAGUCAUUGCUGGAAGUCGUGGAGAAGGUAUAGGAUUUUACUUUGAUUGCGAUUUAGACAGACUUUUUAUACAGCGUUCAGUAAUGUGUUACGCAGCAUUUCCGAGUGCCUCAACCCAAGUUCGAUAUGCUGCUGAAUUUUGGCUUGAUUUUGAAAAUACGCCGAGCGGCUAUUGUAGAUUAAAACUAAUAUCAAAACAACCACAAACAACUCCAGAAGCUAAAAACUUUGCAUUUGUACAAAACAUGGAAACUGCCAUACAAAUAGAAAAUGGAGAAACGUUUCUUCGCAACGAUAAAAUAUUAACAUCGGCUAUGCAACAUCUGGAUAGGACUGGGUGGUUAGCUCGAAUGUGCGUUUACGAUGUUGACGUAGGGCCUUCAAAACCAUACGAAGUCCGAAUUCCUUUCUCAAAAUAUGCCUUCAAAAUUGACGACGUGCUUGGUUUUAAAUGUGUAUUCCCGACGAUAAUUCAAGAGUGGUGCGAUCGAAUAAGAGAGCAUGAUUGGCCGAGUCCAGGAAUUGUGGAACAAGUAAAAUGGGUAGAUGUUCUCGUUGUACCUGCUGGAGAAACAGGAGAUGAAGUUUUACAAUGGAGGAUUAGUUUAGUUCUCGCAGAGCUUGUUCUUGCUCGUUCAUUUAAUGAUGUUCCAGGCUUAAAGUUUAUGGCUGCUCUCAAAAUGCGUGUAAGAACGUGUUUAAGAAAUCCUGCGAUAACAUUGUCAUCAUAUAUGAUCAAAAAUGUUGUCUUCUGGAUGUCAGAAAAAACACAAAACUGUGAGUUUGCGCAAGGUAAACUUUUAGAUCGGAUAACAGACGGACUCAUAUUUUUGAGAAAAUGUGUUUUGAUGAAGGACAGCUUCCGAACUACAUGA